CCACGAGAAACAAGAAGGCUCACUUUGUGCUCAGCAUUGCCUGAAUAAUCUGUUGCAAGGAGAAUAUUUUAGCCCUGUGGAAUUAUCCUCAAUUGCACAUCAGCUAGAUGAAGAAGAGAGGAUGAGAAUGGCAGAAGGAGGAGUCACUAGUGAAGACUAUCGCACAUUUUUACAGCAGCCUUCUGGGAACAUGGAUGACAGCGGUUUUUUCUCUAUUCAGGUUAUAAGCAAUGCCUUGAAAGUUUGGGGUUUAGAACUAAUCCUAUUCAACAGUCCAGAGUAUCAGAGGCUCAGGAUCGAUCCCAUAAAUGAAAGAUCAUUUAUAUGCAAUUAUAAAGAACACUGGUUUACAGUUAGAAAAUUAGGAAAACAGUGGUUUAACUUGAAUUCUCUCUUGACGGGUCCAGAAUUAAUAUCAGAUACAUACCUUGCACUUUUCUUGGCUCAGUUACAACAGGAAGGUUAUUCUAUAUUUGUCGUUAAGGGUGAUCUGCCGGAUUGUGAAGCUGACCAACUCUUACAGAUGAUCAGGGUCCAACAGAUGCAUCGACCAAAACUUAUUGGAGAAGAAUUAGCACAACUAAAAGAUCAGAGUGCUUUUGUCUUUAGAGUCCAUAAAACAGACCUAGAACGAGUCUUAGAAGCAAAUGAUGGGUCAGGAAUGUUAGACGAAGAUGAGGAGGAUUUGCAGAGGGCCCUGGCACUAAGUCGCCAAGAAAUUGACAUGGAGGAUGAAGAAGCAGAUCUCCGCAGGGCUAUUCAGCUCAGUAUGCAAGGUAGUUCCAGAAAUAUAUCUCAAGAUAGUCCACAGAUGUCAAGCACAAAUCUUACUUCAGAAGAGUUGCGGAAGAGAAGAGAAGCCUACUUUGAAAAGCAGCAGCAGCAGCACCAACAGCAGCAGCAGGCAGCAGAUCCACCAGGACAGGUCUCUCAUCCAUGUGGAAAGCCGACCACGAGUUCAGGAGCAUUCGGGAACGAUCUCGGCGAUGAUGCUAUGAGUGAAGAAGACAUGCUUCAGGCAGCCGUCACCUUGUCUUUGGAAACUGUUAGAAAUAAUUUGAAAACUGAAGGAAAGAAAUAAUACCUUUUAAAAAUCAUUUAGAUAUUCAUACUUUCCAACAUUAUCCUGUGUGAUUGCAGCAUAGGGUCCAUUUUGAUAAUGUUGUCGAAGAGAACAAUGUUCAACAGAGGAAAUAAGACUUUUAGGUGGUUUGCACACAAAAUGAUGAGAAAGUGGGAAAAUGCAUCUGUAGGAUAAAUAAUGAUCUUCCAAAUACUAGCCAAAGAGGCAUUCAGUAAUUAAAGAAAUUUAAAAUAGUUUUCUAAAUGUUUCUUUUUUGAGUGUGCAAUAUCUUAACAUGUCUAAAACAAGGGCAUUUUUCUUGGGUAUUUUUUCUUUAGUUUUUGCUAUAGGGCACGUAUAUGCACCAGAGGGAGACAGAGAGAGAAAAACCGAGAAAUUUCCCCUCAGUGGGGGUGGUCACGCUCCAAUUCUUUCUCCUUCAUUCUCUUCUUGGGAUUUUGGAUGCGCACGCACAUGCGCCCAGUGUGAUUUUCAAGCCACCAGGUUUGGGACUCGAACCACUGAGUUAGCUAUGUGGGGUCAGCUCCUUAACCUCCAUGCCAACUGCUGACCCGCUUGGAUCUUUUUGCAAUCCAACUAACUAGCUCUUGCCACACAACUUUUCCCAUAAAGUUUUUAUCUUCUUUUUUCUGUUUUGUUAUAGACAGUUGGGCUCACUUUUGUCAUCUAACAGUUGCUUUUAUUUCUCAUUAACCAAAUUAACUGUCAGGAAGAAUCUCUUGUCUGUGCUGUAAAGGAUAAACCAUUCUCCCUCCAACUGUGUAUUGUGCACUUAGGUGUUUUCUCGUAUCAGAGAUUUUUUUUUUUGCUACCUGGUUUUCAUUAUUUUCCUACAGCUAUUGAAAAUUAUAAUCUUUUCUGAGGUUUUGUUUCUUAAACUUUCUACCAUGGGAUCAUUAUUUCAUGAUUCUGGUGCAUUCCUAAACUCUGAAAUCAGCUCUGCAGAAGUAUUUGAGAAUAAAUGAGCAUUUUUAAAAUGUGUGAGCAUGUGCUUUUCCAGAUCUUUACAAGUGUCUUUUCAUUUAUGUCAGAACAUGACAACUUUGUUGUAACCCCUCUUCCUGCACCUUAUUUCUUCUCCAGCCCAGAAGAAGAGGAGAAGCAUAAUAUGCAAGCAGGUUUCCUUCUGGUAUGAGACAUAACACGUAUACCCACCAUGAAUGUAUGAUAGACAAAACUUGGCCUUCAAUUUUAGCAAGUUGCAUUUUUGUCUCCGGUGACUGGAGCUUUCUGUUCUAUUUACAGUUGAGUCAUGGAUGUAGAUGUCUGCUUCACAUCUUUUAGUAGGUAUAGCUUGCCAGAGAUGGUGGCACAUAAAAAUAAUUUACAAAAAAUAGUAUUUAAAUUGGUACUGUGAUUUGACACUUGUAUCAUGUCUCAAUAGCUAAAGAAUGAUAGAAUUCACAGUACUUAAUGAGUCUGUAUAUAAAAAAGUCCUUAGUUUUGAUAAACAAUCUUUAUUCGAGGUGCACAGAGAGUUUCUUGUUGAGUCAGUAUAGUAGUAUGAUUUUGAUGAACAUGAACCAUGUCUCUUUGAAAUGGGUGUUUUAGGUCCCGUCAUGCCCUCCCCAGCCCUCACUCUUCUUCCUUUUUGAAUAUUGAAU